AUGAUCGUGGGAGAACAUUACACCUGUCAGUGUAAUGUAAGUGUAAGUAAAAUAGUAAGUACAAUAGUAAGUAUGCUCAUCACUAUUCUCACCUUCCCUCUGUCUCUCUUCUUUGUCAUCAAGGUAGUGCAGCAGUACGAGAAAGCAGUUAUAUUCCGUCUGGGGGAGAUUAAGAACAAGAAGGGGGCAGGCCCGGGCUUGUUCACCUACCUGCCUUGUUUAGACGAUAUGAGAAUCGUGGAUAUGAGGACUAUUUCAUUUGAUGUAGCUCCGCAAGAGAUUCUGACAAAGGACAGUGUAACGGUAACGGUGGAUGCGGUAGUUUACUACAGAAUCCACGAUGCGAUCAUGAGUGUUUGCAACGUUGACGACGUACAGAAAGCAACCAAACUGCUAGCCCAGACCACGCUUCGUAACAUGUUAGGUAUCAGAACACUAGCGGGAAUACUGAGCGAGAGGGAGAUGAUAGCCAAUGGUAUUCAGAACACACUUGAUGAGGCCACAGAUCCGUGGGGAGUUGUCGUGGAAAGGGUUGAAGUAAAAGAUGUGAAAUUACCAGUUUCGCUGCAAAGAGCUAUGGCUGCUGAAGCAGAGGCAGACAGAGAUGCUAGAGCUAAAGUGGUAGCUGCAAAGGGAGAACUGCAAGCUAGCCGAGCAUUGAAAGACGCAGCUGAUAUUAUUUCUGAGUCACCAGCAGCAUUACAGCUGAGAUAUCUACAGACUCUUUGCACAGUUGCAGCCGAGAAAAACAGCACCAUCUUGUUCCCUAUUCCUGUGGAUAUCAUGAAAAGUUUCAUGAAGUAA